UCCGCAGGCGAGCUGAGCCCGCCAUGGGGACGCGGUGGUCUCGAAGCGGCAGCAGUCUGUCGCUCCUCCCAGAGAGGCAGACCUCUCUGCGGCGGGGAGAGGACAGGGACUCCGACAAUGACUCUUUGGAUGGGCUCGUUAGACCGGAGGACAUAGCCCAGUUCCCCUACGUGGAGUUCACCGGGAGGGACAGCAUAACGUGCCCGACGUGUCAGGGCACUGGACGGAUACCAUCAGGUCAAGUGAAUGAACUGGUUGCAUUGAUCCCAUACAGUGACCAAAGACUGCAGCCCCAAAGAACGAAGCUGUAUGUGGUCUUGUCAGUUGUGCUGUGCCUCCUGGCCUCUUCGCUCGUUGCCUUCUUCCUCUUUCCUCGCUCGGUGGUCGUGGUGGAUGACGGGAUACGCUCGGUGACUGUUCGCUUUGACCACUCCAAUAUGAAGGUCCUGAUGAACAUGACGAGCACACUCAACUUCAGCAACCCAAACUUCUUCUCGGUGCUGGUUCAGAGUGUGAGCUGCCAGGUCCUUUACAUGAAGACAGUGAUUGGUACUCAGCAGCUAGACAAUGCCACCACCAUCCAGCCGCUCAGUGAGAGUCAGGUGAACUACACUGUCAGUGUGGAGAUUGGUAGCAGUGCACCCUAUGUCUAUGCCUUCUGCACCAUGCCCAGCAUCAAGGUCCACAACAUAGUUGUAUUUAUGCAAACGUCAGUGAAAACCUCGUACAUGGUGCGAACAUCCCAGAACAGCCUCGAGGCCUAUCGCUACAUAGACUGCGGUUCCAACACCACAUUCCACCAGACAGCCAAGCGUCUGAGGCACCUCUCCGCUACCCACUCCCCAGCCACAUCCCUCGGCCCCCCUCUGCCGUAAGCUGAACGGUCCCGGACGGCGUGGACCAUUUCUCUGGAGGAGGUGGAGGUGAUGUUGGUGUCAACUCCAGGAUGGAUUCUGCUCUCCCUUGCAGAGGAAACCACUAGCAACAGAAAUACCAAAUUAUGCUUUCUUCCAAGCUCAAGCAGAAUAGGUAACACACAGCUGCUGUUAGCUUGUGCCACUGAAUGAUGCAGCUGUUUCCUGGAAAACACGGGUGUGCUGAAGGUAUGUUGUAAAAGGCAACAGGACUUGUUUUUCUGACUGCAUAUUUGUUUUCCUCGGACAGCCCUGAGGCAACAGAUGAGUGGUUUUAUUGUGGUGGUUGUCAGGGAUCUGUAAGAAAAAAUGCAGCUUCGUGACCUUUCUAUUGCGCGGUCAGUAUUGCUACAAUACCUUAUUUGUCAUUUCUGGAAGUGGGUAUUUCCUGCCACAGCAGCCAGUUUUGGUUUUUAUUUGUCUUAUUGGGGCUUAUGAUUGCUAUUUCAGACAUGCUGACAGAAUCAGCAGAGGCAAAUUGAAUGAGUCAUUGCCAACGAGUGCCCCUGUUUUGGAAACAGGACAAAUGUCAGAGAAAGCUCUUUUAUUUAAAGGGAGUGGCCAACAUCCCAGCUGACAAUGAAGUGCCAGGAAUGACCCUUUUGCCACAGCUUUAAUUAACACUGCAGAGCUCUGACUGUGUCUCCUGCUGCUGUCGUAACAUCACGAGAGCGUCCUUCAGCAUAGCUUGAAAAACAAGGCACUGGCCUGCUGUUUCUAUUUAGGAUUUAACGCAAGGGAUCAUGUACUGACUGUUACUGCACCUUUGAAACUGGGAGAUAUUGUUCCUGUCACAUGUUUUGUUUUUAAAUGAAAUAAGUUAUUUCUAGAUACCCUUCAUCUCAGCAAGUCUAAGCACACUGACUUUAGAUUCAGGGUAUAGGUCACGGUGUCACAGGUAGGACUACAGUUCUCACACUAGAUUUAAUUUAACAAAUCAGUGAAGCUCGGGUGGUGAUGUGACCUAAUCUCCGAUGUUGUAAUCACUCAAUAGUAAACUAGUUAAAAAGUUCUUUUCUUUUACACUCCCACUUAAGAUACUUGAAGAGGAAUCUGGGGCCCUGAAUAUAUGAUCGCAGCAAUGUGCCUCAUCCAGUAUAAGCUGCUGAUCAUCUGUAUAUAGUAUCCUCUCCACCAUGGCCUUAGCGAUGCCGAUGUGCAAUAGUAAACAGCGUCUAAACAUCAUGGCUGAGAGUGUGUGAGUGUGUGAAACUGACCAUAAUAGAUUUACGCUGUUUUUUAUUUUUUUUUUUCCUUUUGGCUUUUCCUUCACCUGUGUGUUUUGCUCAACUCCUCUGCUGCUUAUCAAAUGCCAAAUGUAUCUGUAGAGCAUUUCAUUCCAUCAAGUCUGUUAUCUGAGUCUGCCUGUUGGUAGAGGCCGACUGAAGCGUUAUGUCACCAAGUGUUCGCAAUUACGUCUGCUAGUGUCGGCUCUGUGUAGAGUUGUCUGUCACUAUGGAAACAGAAUGACUUUUUUUUUUUUUUUUUUUUUUUUAAAGGGACUGUUUGUAAAUUUAUGACUGAAAGAUUUUACCAAGGUUUUAAAAAAUUACAAUGUAUAUUUUUGUGCUUUGCUCUAAUUUGAAAAAAGAUAUUAAAGGGAAUUGUGAAUAA